CGUCAGCGUCAACGUGAAACCGGGAACGAGGGAAACCGGAAACCCAAUCGAGCAUUUCCCGCCACUUCUAACCCCUCUCUCUUUUUCUCUCUCCAUCUCUCUCUCUCUCACCUUCCACAUUUCGAGCUCGACAAUGGCCGAAGAAGACGACGCGGCUUCAACGAUCCGGCCCGAUUUGCCGACCGGCCGCGUCAAGAGGAUCAUGAAGCUCGACAGGGACAUCAACAAGGUGAACUCGGAGGCGCUGCUCCUGGUCACCUGCUCCACGCAGCUCUUCCUGGAGUUCCUCGCCGAGAGAUCCGCGCAGGUCGCCGCCGAGAAGAAGCGCAAGACCGUGAAGCUGGACCAGAUGAGGAUCGCCGUCAAGCGGCACCGGCCGACCAGCGAUUUCCUGCUCGACUCGCUCCCUGCGCUGGCCCAGUCUGUCGAUGGCCAGUCGGCCGAGAAGGUCCGGUCUCGGCCUGGCGCCGAGAAGCCGGCUCCGGCCGGCACGCGGCGGAUCGAUGAUUUCUUCGGCAAGCCUGUGAGUGAAGUCUCUUGAUCAGGCUAACUCGUUCUUAGAGCACUGCGCCGGUUUGAUGGUUCUGGAUGUAACCGUGACUAAAUUGGGGGAAAUAGUUUUUGUUGAUUGUUCUUGCUCCUCCUGCAGGAAGAUUAAUUUUCCCUAGUUCAGAUUGUCAUUAAUCCAACGAGUAAGUUACAUGUGUAUAUUGGAUAUUCUGUUUCGAUUAAUUGCUCGAAAGUGACCAUGGCCCUGAAAUUUUGGGGCUUUCUAGGGUUGACUUUUGGCCAUGCCGACGGUUCCCUUAUUUGAGGUGACUGUUUUCGUUUUUGCUGAAUCUCUUGAUCGGUGAUGUGGGACUUCAAAAGACGGAGUGGCGCUUAUUGUUGAGAUCGAUUUAUAAUUCAGUUUUAAAGAGUUGCUUUUCC